AUGGUUAUUUUGAGCAUUGGAUAAACCUGGGUGGAAGUGGUUGCUGGCUGGAUAGAUUUAGUCUUGUUGAUAUUCUAAAGUUACUAAAAGCUUUGAGUAAAGAACAUUUUUAUCUCUCGUCACUAAAUGCACUAGCAACAUAUGGGCUUAUUAUGCAUGUCUUAUUUGUGACUAGCAGUUGGGUUUAGAAAGAUAGGAUGUACUAACUUUUAAUCCUUAUAUUCACAUCUCUUUUUUAAUGUCAUUCUAUUUAUUCUUGGAAAUAAAGUUCAACUUUGCGAUCUUUGGCAGGAUACAAUGGGUCCUCUACAAAAGUUGAUGAUAAUAGUUAUACCACUACAGAUGGUUCACAUACAGUUCGUUCUUCCAUCGGUUUCCAUGUUUAAAUUAAAUCAUAUUUUCAUCCCUUGAAAGAGAUAUUUCUAUUCCACCUACAUUCUGGCAUUAGUAGAAUAAUAUGACUUAUUAAUUCAAAAUGGUAACUGUUCUCUUUCAUGUUGAUUUUACACCAGGAUAUGCAGUCAGAAAAUGAUCCACUUGUAUAUUGUUUGCCAGGCUACGGUCCCUAUGCAAGUGGCAAUCUAAUGGGUGUUGAUGGGCAAAAUGUAGGUCAACAACCAUUUUUUUCUUCAGGAUAUCUCCACUCUCCUGUUUCCCAAGGAUCAGAUGCAUAUUCAUGGGAUUCUACAUAUGUUGGAGAUGGUUCCCAUGGAAGAGGAGAUGGUUAUGGAAGAGGAGAAUAUGGCACAAGUUCUGCCACUCACUCAAAGUCAAAUGGAUACAACGCUAUGAAAACAAAUGGCAAUCUUGGCAGUAAAUUAUCAAAGUCUGCUUAUACACAGUCUACUAAACCAAUAAGCAAGGUCCCUUAUUUUAUUUCUAAUCAAGCAGCAGGCUCUUUCAAGGGAUACCAAUCAGCAGGAAGGUACUCGUCAUUUAAUAACCAAAGGACAGGUGUUUACCCACAUAACAGUCCUACAAACUACAGAUCAAAUGGAAGACAUUUGAAUCAAAAUGAUAGAUACAAAGCAUCCAACUGGAAUACUGAUUUUGAAAACUCAGCAGAGCUAACUCGUGGUCCUAGGGCCUAUAAGAAGACUGUUCCAUUAGAUUCUUCUAUCAAGAGUGAAGGAUUGGGGCUAGCAAUACGGAAAGAUAAUUAUAACUUACCAGAUUUCCAAAUCGAGUAUGAAAAUGCCAAGUUCUUUGUUAUUAAGUCCUACAGUGAAGAUGAUGUCCAGAAGUGCAUUAAGUAUGAUGUGUGGUCAAGUACUCCAAAUGGCAAUAAGAAGUUGAAUGCAACAUACAAUGAAGUAGAAGCAAGAGAAAGCGAAAAUGGCACAAAAUGUCCUAUCUUCCUUUUUUUCUCGGUCAAUGGAAGCGGGCAGUUUGUUGGCUUAGCUGAGAUGGUUGGGCAGGUGGACUUUAAUAAAGACAUGGACUUUUGGCGACUCGACAAGUGGGUUGGUUUUUUCCCGGUUAAGUGGCACAUUAUUAAAGACAUUCCUAAUCAUGAGCUGCGACACAUCAUCCUAGAAAACAGUGAUAACAGACCUGUAACUUUUACCAGGGACACUCAAGAGAUUGGUCUCAAGCAAGGCUUAGAAAUGCUGAAAAUUUUUAAAAGUUACAAUGCAAAAACAUCAUUGCUUGAUGACUUCAUCUUCUAUGAACAUCGACAGAAAUCUCUUAAUAAAAAGAACACACAGCCAGCAACGCUACGAAUGGAAGUAUGUGAGAGCGACGAUUUCACUGAGCAAACAAAAGCCAGAGAAAGGAAAGUAGGAGACUUUCCUUGGACCAAGAAAACUGCCGAUGCCUCAUCGCUUAUCAAUCUCACCAAAAAUCUCUCCCUUAAAGGAGAGGCAGCUGCAACCCAAAGAACAAUGCAGUAAAGAAUACAGUGGAAAAUUCAUUAGCUUUCUGUAUCUGCACCGUAGGGCAUUUUAGAGUUCCCAUACAGGAAUUCAGCUGAGAUGUUCUUUCGGUUUUCUUUUCAUUUUCCCUUUUCUUUCUAUGUUCAUUCACAGCAACCAGAGUUUGAAUUGAUGUUGGCAUUUGCUGGAGUUUAUUUUCGAUUCACGUAUAAAUCACUUUGUUUUUC